AUGCUGGACAGCAACCCGACGGAGGUUCGACUCUUCCCGCUGCUGCAGGAGGCCCCCAAGCAGAAGAUGCGGAGGUCCGAGUCCGCUCUCAAGGUGCUGAGCUCCGCGGCCGGCGCCAGCACCCGGGCGCUCGGCACGGCGGCGGGGGCGCUCACGGCCGGCAGGCUGGCGCUGGGGGAGAAGGAGUGGUGCGCGCUGCCGGUGCCGGUGGCGUCCAGCACCGCCUCCGGCCUCGUGCACCUGCAGGAGCAGAGCUACGAGUUCACGGUCUCCCAGGUGCUGCUGCCGCCCCUCCACGGGAGCCCGGCCCGCGUGACCUGCUUCCAGGUCUUGCCCAGCCUGGUGAUCCGGAACAGGACGGACGAGCUGCUGCACGUGAGGCCCUCUGGCCAGGGCUCCACGGUGCUGCAGAUUAAGCCGUGCGAGUCCAAGCCGUGCUACUCCGUCCAAGGCAAGAAGGGCGCGCGCGUCGUGCAGCUCCGGCUCGGGUCCGAGGACAGCGACGCGGUGGCCACGCAGUCGAUGUGGUCCGGCAGCGUGCUGUGCGAGGACUCUGCCAACGGCAGGCACUCGCUGAGGGUGAGGUGUGAAUCAUCGGAGAGUUCGACCCCUCUGUCGCCCGGCCUCUUGUCCGUCGCGACCACGAACGGCACGCGGGUGAUCAGUGUGGAGGUGUCGGCGGCCAGCGAGGGCACCCGCAUCGUGACCGUCUCGGGCAGCCCCUGCCUGAUCGCCGCCUGCGUGGCGCCCCAGGUUGCCAGCCUCACCGUGGAGACGGAUGCGCCCGCGGAGGUGGUCCACGACAGCUCGACGACGGGCGUCCUCAGGAGGAACCUGAAUCUCCUCGCCAAGAACGUCGAGCAGGCCGCCCGCAUGGCUGGUGGCACCGCGCUCGUGGCCGGCGAGAGGGUGGCCAAGACCGCCCGGGCGGCCGGCGAGAGCGUCGCCAUGACCGCCAGCGUCGCGAGAGCGUCGCUGGCGGCGGCCGCCCUCGGCGAGUCGGUGCAGCCGCAGACCUUGGGGAACUCUUCGCGCUGGAGGGCCAGGGUCUCCAGGAGCAACAACUCCUUGGACGACACGCCCGACCUGGAAGCCAGCCCAACCCGCGCCAUCGUCGAGGGGGUGGGCAGCCCCGUGCGGUGGGGCUUCCCGGAGCCCGUGGGCUGGUACCAGCCGUUCCUCAAUCGCAACAAGGGCAUCGAGAGCACCUCGGUCGUCCUCCACUGGCAGCAGCCGGACCCGCCGGCAUUCCAGCAGCGGCAGGCGACCAGGAGGCUGGACAAACAGUGGCCUGGCAAGCAGCAGGUCCAAUUGAACCAGACAGUGGUGAAUGGGGUGUUAUUGAGGCUGUGCCUCUGGAGCCAGACGCCGCUGGUCGUGUUGAGGAGCACGCUGCCACCAGGCACGGGCAUCAUGGUGCGCGUGCGUCUGCGGGUGCAGCAGAGCCACCUCGACAGCCUCGCCGCGAUAGCUGUCAAGCGAGCGGCGGACGCCGAGCACGCGGAGGGCGAGGGCCGCUUCGCCCAGCUGCUCGCGUGGAGCGCCGAGUGCGCUGGCAGCGAGCAAACUCCGGAGCCGCUGGACAGGUCGCCAGACGAGGUGCGCUGCUCCGUGCUGCAGGAUGCAUGGUGCGCCGCGGGCCGCGGCAACCCCGACCUUCUGGAGGUGAAGGAGGUGGCUCUGAGCACGUGCGUCGGCAAGAGGUCGUCGGAGGAGCACGACCAGUGCCUGUGGGAUGCGGACACCGCGAAGCAGAGGCUCGAGGUGCAGUGGGUCUGCGGCGAGUGUGGCGAGCUCGUGAACAGCCCAGACCCGCCGUCAAUUUGCGCUUCCUGCAACAGGGAGCUCGCGCGCACGAGGAUCAGGGCACGCUCGCGGCAGAUCUCGCAGGACUUUGGCUCGACACAGAUCGCAGUCAGGCCACACCUGGACCUGCACCUGAAGCUCAGCAAGGUGUACGUGUCGGUCGUGUCCGAGAGGGAGCGCCAGGAGCUGUUCCUAGGCCGGCUGAGCGGCUUCUCCCUCCGUCUCAACCAGUCGUCCGUGGACGAGACGGGGAAGCUG